AUGAGAUUAGAUUUGAGUAAUCCAAACAGUGAUGUAGUGAUUAAUUUAUCGAAGGAUGGAUUGGAACAAGGCAAAAUAAAGUUUCUUAGAAUGUACAUAUGCUUCAAUUCACCAAAAUGGGGAUGGAAAGAAGGAUUGAGACCUUUUAUUGGACUGGAUGGGACCUUUUUGAAAGGCCAUUGCAAGGGACAACUACUUGUGGCUAUAGGACAAGAUUGUGAUAACUGCUUCUAUCCUUUGGCAUGGGCUACAGUUGAUAAGAAAACAUCAUGGAGUUGGACAUGGUUUCUACAAUUGCUAGAGAAAUCAUUGACACUGAACAAUGGUGAAAGUGUCACUUUCAUGUCCGACAUGCAAAAGGGACUGGUAGAUGCAGUGAAAAAUAUUCGUCUUUUAGCCCGACACAGGCAUGUUGCGGCCUGGAUGAAGAGGUUUAGGUUAGGAGAGAUGAAAAAACUGCUUUGGUGUGCUGCUUGGAGUACCUAUGAAGAAGAUUUCAAGGAACAGUUAAGUGCACUUGGAGCAUUAUCAGAGGAAGCUGUCAAAGACUUGUUAAAUUUCAAUCCAGUGAGAUGGUGCAGGGCAUAUAUGGACACUGUUUGCAAAAAUCAGAUGGUGAAUAAUAAUUUCACUGAGUCCUUCAACUCUUGGAUAUUGGAACUAAGGGGAAAGCCAAUCUUAAAGAUGCUUGAAGAAAUAAGAGUCGAGAUAAUGAAUAGACUGAAAGAUAAGAAAAUUGAGGUUAGCAAAUGGAAGAAAAUUUCUAGUCCUAAGUGCAUGGAAUUGUUCACUGCCCAUGAGAAGAUUGCUCAAUUUUGUACUGUUAACUUCAAUGGUGAUAUUGGUUAUGAAGUGCCUGUAAGUGAAGAUAGGCACAUAGUGAACUUGGUGGAGAAGAAAUGCACUUGUAGGUCUUGGCAGCCGAUUGAAAUUCCAUGCCAUCAAGGCUAUGGAGUACAACACAAUGAAACCUGA